AUGAGACGUAGGAUCACAGCGCAUGUAACCAACAGCGACGACAUCACGCCGAAGAUCGUGACUUUGCCUCAGCAGGCCAUGUCGCCCAGUAUUAAGGACUAUUGUGGUAGCGCUGGCGAAAAGGCUGGAAACGAGACGGCAGAUCAAGAUGAGGGCCAGGAGGAGGCCAUGGAAGGGCUGCCGCUUCUAAUGUUCACCUUGGGCAUCAUGACUGUGGUAUUUCUGAUAUGCCUAGACCAUUAUAUCUUUGGUCGCCUCGACGGCGUCGCCUCUUUCGUCGGGCCGCUGUUGGGUGGUGUGCUCACCGACUCACGUCUGACCUGGCGCUUCUGUUUCUGGAUCAAUCUUCCUGUCGGCCUCGCGGCAUUUGCUGUGCUCUUCUGGUUUCUUCGCGAUCCCCCACAAGCGGCCCAAGCCACAAAGGAACCAGUAUUGAGGAGACUGACGCGAGUCGACUGGCUCAGCAUGGUGCUUCUGCUGGCGGGCUUCUCCAUCCUACUGCUGGGUUUACAAUGGGGUGGGCUCGUGUACCGCUGGUCAGACCCGCGAGUUUUCGGAUGCAUAUUGGGUGGCAGCCUCGCGUUGGUGUUCUACUUUGUCUAUCAGUACCACCAAGGCGACAAUGCCGCUAUCCCGUACCGCAUCCUCCGCCAGAGGACCGUCUUCUUCCGUGCUGGUUUCAUGCUCCUCAUGGCCAUGCUGAUCGGUACGCUGGUGUACUAUCUGCCAUUUGAGUUCCAGGCUGUCCGCGGUAACGAUGCGAGAACUUCCGGAAUCAUGAACUUGGCCUUCCUGACUCCCCUCAUGCUCUCUCCACUGUUGAGCGGUACCUUGAUCAGUCUGACAGGCUGGUACGUGCCGUUCAUGUGCCUCGGCGGCGUAUUGUCGACGGUUGGUGCUGGACUGCUUACGACACUCGGCGCCACGACAUCGAAUGCACGUCUUAUUGGAUAUCAAUUCCUGACAGGCUUCGGCAGCGGCAUAUGCCAUCAGAUCCCAUACACCUCCAUUCUGCAUGUGCUUCCGGUCAGCGACAUGGUCAUAGGGAGCAGCUUGUGCAGCUAUCUCAACAGCCUUUGGGCCAUCCUAGGCAUCGUACUAGCCCAAGUCAUCCUCGCCUCCGCUCUCAUCCGGAGCCUGGAUGGUGUAGCGGGAGCAGAACCACACGCUAUCAUCCAGGCUGGCCCAACCAAUAUCGGCGAUGCUGUGAUACCUGCGCUUGUCAAUACAGUGCGCAGCGCGUACAGUGGUGCUUUGCAGACUACUUAUAUCCUGCCCGUUGUUGCAGCUGGCCUGUGUUGCGUCUAUGCCCUCGGCAUGGAGUGGAAGCGCUUGAAGAAUUAA